AUGAACUGCCUGACGCUUCUCGCUCUUCUGAUUCCGGCAUUCGCGUACAAUGUUCCACAUGGCUUCCUCCCAGGUCAAGCCGUAACUUCACACUCUGGCCCCAACGAUCUCGAUAAUGAUGCAUCAGAGUUUCAACACGAUAGUAAUGAUGAAGUGAAACGAGAAAAACGUGGCUAUUUCUUCCCUUCAAACUUCCAAAAUGACGGUGGUCUUCUGGCUCGAUCGGAGCAUCCGAACGAGUAUCUUAAGAAAUGGAUUGUUCACGAGCACAAUCGGUAUCGGCGAAUGGUACCAGCAUCUGAUAUGAACAUGCUCUAUUGGUCCGAGGAGUUGGCAGCAUCUGCCCAACGUCACGCCGACACUUGUGACUUCCGUCACUCACGUGGACGUAUCAACGUCGGGGAGAACAUCUGGGCGGCACCUUACAGCAAUUACUCGGACUCCAUCUCAAUCUGGUUUAACGAGGUCCACAAUCCAAGAUGUGGAUGCAAUCAUGCCUACAAACACUGCUGCGGUCACUACGUUCAGGUCGUCUGGGCUAAGACCAAUCUCGUCGGCUGUGGAUUCUCUCGUUGUCGUGACGUGCAAGGUGUCUGGGGACGUGGACAUCGGAACGUCUUCGUCUGCCACUACAAUCCGCAAGGAAAUACGGUAUUCGUCACAGCGCGAGGACAGCUUUAUGCGAUGCCAGCCUUCACCUGGGCUUCCGGAGACACUGGACGAUGCUCAAACUGUCCAGCAAAUGCUCCAGCCUGUUAUCAAGGUCUCUGUUAUAUGCCAAAGAAUUAUGAGCACACAACGACUACAACCACUCCAUCUACAACGACCACAGAAGAGCCAACAUCGACCUGUGCUCCAGACGAGGAUGUGGAUCCGAAUGACGCCGAGGCUGAGGGCGCUGAAAAUGAUGAUCAGUUCCGAUUGAGAGCUUGA